UGGAAACAGUCCGUGUGCAGCUUGCAGGAGUCCCGCGGAGGAGUUCUCACCUCACCGCCCCGCACGGCGGCAGCACCCGGCGGAGUGAUCCCCAGCGCACCCCGCAGGCCCGCAGGCGCUGAGCCGGAGAACGACAACAUGAGUGACCAGUUCGACUGCAAAAACUGCAAUGAGUCCCUGUAUGGACGCAAAUACAUCCAGGUGGAGGACAACCCGCACUGCAUCCCCUGCUUCGACCGCCUGUACGCACACACCUGCCAGGGCUGCAAGGAGAUCAUCGGACACAAUGCAAAGGAGCUCUUCUAUGAGGACCGGCACUACCACCAGGACUGCUUCCGCUGUUUCCGGUGCGACCGCUCGCUGGCAGGCGAGCCCUUCACCAGCCUGGAGGACUCGCUGAUCUGCAGCGACUGCUACUGCAACGAGUUCUCCUCCAAGUGUGUGGCCUGCGACAAGACGGUGAAGCCAGGCUCCAGGAUGCUGGAGUACGACGGCGCCUCGUGGCACGAGGACUGCUUCGUGUGUCACGGCUGCGAGAAGCCGAUCGGCGCCGAGGCCUUCAUCCCCGACAGCAGCAGCUACUACUGCGUGCCGUGCUACGAGCGCCGGGUGGCCCCCCAGUGCAGCCACUGCAAGAAGGCUCUGACGAAGGGAGGAGUGACCUACAAGGACGAGGUGUGGCACAAAGAGUGCUUCUUCUGCUCGGGGUGCAAGGCGCCGCUCGCCGGACAGCCGUUCACCUCGCAGGGCGACAGCCCGUACUGCGUCAAGUGCUUCAGCAGCCUGUACGCCAAGAAGUGCGCCGGCUGCAACACGGCCAUCACAGGGUUCGGAGACGGGAAGUACGUCUCCUUCGAGGACCGGCAGUGGCACCAGCCCUGCUUCAAGUGCUCGCGCUGCUCCGUGUCGCUGGUGGGCUCCGGAUUCUUCCCCGACCGGGACCAGAUCCUGUGCACAGACUGCAACAGCGACGACUGAAGCCACGCCCUCCUGAGUCGCAGACCACGCCCCUCUGUCCAGACAGGCCACGCCCUCCAUCCAGAUUCCCCCCAACAAACCUCAGCGUUGCACUUAAACACUGCAGCAUUAAUAUGAAGCUCAGCUUUUACCGCUCAAAACACUCCACUCGUCUUUUCUCAUGUUUUGCACAAGAAACUACAAAUAAACUUUUGAAUUAAUCUUUUUCAUGAAGCUACACAGAUGAAAAAAUAAACUUGUUCUGACCUAGACUUUGUAAAAAAUACCUUAUUUUAAACCAUUGACUGCAUGAUAAUAUGGUUAUUUCUGAGCAGUUCAGUGAUAUAAAACCUUAUUUUAUCUGGAUUCACUACAUUUCAUGUCUGUUUCAAUGCAUUUUGUUUUUCGUUCAGCUCUGACGGGUUUCUACCUGCAUACAUGGAAUAAAAUAUUUAAAGAG